AUGGUUUUUCCAGGCAUUUUCUUCUUUCUGACCCUUUGUGGAAGAAGUUUGGCUCAGGAACAAACGUAUGUCAUUACUGCACCCAAAGUGAUCCGCGCAGGAGCAUCUGAGAAGGUGGUGAUUCAAGCAUUUGGAUAUGAGCAAGAGUUUUCAGUGACAAUAUCUAUUAAAAGCUUUCCAGAUAAACAAACAGCUUAUGCCUCGGGUCAGAUCCAACUGACUCCCACCAAUAAAUUCCAAGGGUCUGUUACUUUAACGAUUCAGCCAAAGGAUUUAGGAAGCACAGACUCAAGGAAUUUAGUUACAUCCGGGUAUCUGGAAGCUGUUUCUCCGCACUUUACAAGGGAGAAGAAAAUGAGUGUUUCAUAUGAAAACGGAUUUCUCUUCAUUCAGACUGACAAACCUGUUUAUACUCCAGAUCAGUCAGUGAAGGUUAGGCUUUACUCUUUAAAUGAAGAACUGAGGCCAGCGCGAAGGUCAGCCCAAUUAACUUUUGUGGAUCCAGAAGGAGUAGAAGUGGACAUUAUAAAAGAAGAUGACUUUACUGGAGUUAUAUCAUUCCCUGACUUCAAAAUUCCACCAUACCCUAAAUGCGGUAUCUGGAAAAUUAAAGCCCAGUAUCAAAAGGACUUCACGACCACUGCUGAGGCAAAAUUUCAAGUUAAAGAAUAUGCCAUGCCGAGCUUUUCUGUCACCAUAGAACCUGAAAAGAACUUCAUUAGUUCUGAGAAAUUUGAAAGCUUCAGAAUUGUUGUGAAAGCAAAAUAUUUUUACAACAAGCGAGUGGCCAAAGCAAAUGUUUAUUUCCGUUUUGGAAUAAUUCAAGGAACUGAAAAGACCAUGAUGCCAAAAGCAGUGAGGUUCAGAGAGAUGGACGAUGGAGUUACAGAGUUUAAUUUUAACAGUCAAGCUGCUGUUGGUGAAAUAGGAUAUCACAGUCUUGAGCAGCUUGAUGGCUCAAGCCUUUACAUUGCUGUUUCAGUGGUGGAAUCUACAGGUGGUCAUAGCGUGGAAAGUGAAUUGACAGGUGUCAAGUACGUCUUAUCCCCUUACAAGCUGAAUUUGGUUGCUACUCCUCUCUUUGUGAAGCCUGGGCUCCCAUUCUACAUUAAGGUACAGGUGAAGGAUACAUCUGAUGAGCCCGUUAGAAACAUUCCUGUGAUUUUCACUGCAAGUGCUUUUGAUGAGCAAAUGGAAGAGACGACGUUAUUUCAAGAAGGCUCAGAAUCUGGGAGAGGUCAAACCAGCCAAAAUGAUGGAACGGCACUGUUUGUGGUUAACGUCCCUCCUGGUAGCAAAGUGCUUGAGUUUCAAUUAAAAACAGCAGAUGCCAAAUUACCAGAAGAUAACCAAGCUGCUAAGAGCUAUACGGCAAAAGCGUAUGUUUCUCUCAGUGGAAGCUACUUAUAUAUUGACUGGGCUUCAAACCACAGAGUGCUACGUGUGGGGGAUAGCAUCAGCAUCAAUGUGCACCCACUUAGCCACUAUAUCGACAAAAUACAUCAUUACAGCUAUUUGAUCUUAUCCAAAGGGAAAAUAGUGAGCUAUGGGACUCAGGAUAAGAUUAAAGACUCUGUGUACCAAAGCCUAACUUUUCAACUCACUCACAAAAUGGUACCUUCGGCCCGCCUUCUGGUCUACUACAUAGUUACAGGAGAAGGAACUGCAGAACUGGUGGCUGAUUCUGUCUGGCUGAACAUAGAACAAAAAUGUGGGAACGACAUUGAGGUUAAAUUGUCAAAAGGCCAGACAUCAUACAAGCCGGGACAGAUCAUAUUCCUUUCUGUGAAAUCCCAGUUUGAUUCUUUCAUUGCUUUGUCAUCCAUGGACAAGGCAAUUUAUGGAAUAACAGGAAAAAAGAAGAGGCCUAUGGAAAGAGCUCUUCUGCAACUGGAGAAGAGUGACCUGGGUUGCGGUGCGGGCGGAGGACAGAACAAUGUAGACGUCUUCCGACAGGCUGGUCUCACCUUUCUGACCAAUGCCAAUGCAGAGGACUCGAAAGAAGCAGAUGAAGCUUGUGAUGCCGUCGUGCGAUCAAUAAGAUCCACCAUCAGCGAGCAGAUUGAAAAAAAAGUAUCUCGCUAUAGACACAAAGAAGUUCAGAAGUGCUGCAGGUCCGGAUCGGAAAUGUAUCCCAUCACUCAGACAUGCAAUGAAAGAGCCAGUCGUAUUAAGGGUGUACCACGGAUAUGUAUAAAGGCCUUCCUGGACUGUUGUGAAUUUGCAAACCAGCUACGUCAAACUGAGCCACACAAAAUUUUAAUACUGGCAAGAAUGCAAAUAGAGGCUUUCUUAGAAGUGGAUGAUCCAGUGAUCCGAAGCUAUUUUCCUGAAAGUUGGCUCUGGGAAGUCCACCAAGUUACUAGCCCGAAGACUCUUUCUGUGACCCUUCCUGAUUCUCUCACUACAUGGGAAAUACAGGGUGUUGGCAUAUCAGAUAAAGGUAUUUGCGUUGCAGAUGCACUUCAAGUGGAGGUAGUCAAGGACCUUUUCUUAAGUGUGAAUAUUCCUUACUCCGUUGUUCGAGGAGAACAAAUUGAACUGAGGGGAUCUGUUUACAAUUACAGAAAUAUCAGAAGCAAGAACUGGUGGAAGGAACGUGCCUAUUUCAAAGGCGCUGCUGGGAAUCAACCAGGAGACACCUGGAAACCAGCCACCACCAGAUGCGAUGGCCCUCCCAGAUGAUUAGAGGGUUCUUCAUGACACACCUCAGUAACAUCCAAGGUUCUCACACUGGGGCUGAUUCUCCACACCCUCAACUUCACACUCCUGAGCGAGGUUAACAGGGAAACUGUCGUGAGAACCUUAAGAGUUGUGCCUGAAGGAAUUAAACAAGAACUGUAUGAAGGACGCACUCUGGACCCACAAGGUGUUUACGGCACAGUAAACAGGCAACAAGAAUUUCGACACAGGAUGCCAUCAAAUAUGGUCCCUAAAACAAAAGUUGACAGGACUGUGAGUAUAAAAGGACACAUUCUAGGUGAAGUGAUCAGUACAGCUCUCGAUCCAGAAGGGGUCAACUUCCUCACUAACCUCCCCAAGGGAAGUGCAGAAACUGAACUCAUGAAUGUCAUCCCAAUAUUUUACGUGUAUCACUAUCUGGAAAGUACAAAGAGCUGGGACAUACUUGGCCCUGAAACCAUCACUUCAAGACUGAACAUGGGGAGAAGGAUGAAAGAAGGAAUCAUAAGAAUCCAGUCAUUCCAGAAUAAAGAUUUCUCUUACACAAUGUGGAAGGAUGGUCAGUCCAGUGCUUGGAUGACGGCUUUUGCCCUAAGGAUUUUGGGACAAGUUAGCACGUAUACUUCUGUUGAGCAGGAUUCUGUGUGCAAUUCUCUGACAUGGAUGAUUGACUACUGUCAAAUGGAUGAUGGAUCUUUCCGAGAGAUUUCAAGUUACCAGCCAGUAAAACUACAGGGCACAUUACCUAAAGAGGGGCAAGAAAAGACUUUAUAUCUCACAGCAUUCUCUUUGAUUGGAUUUGAAAAGGCAAUCCACUUGUGUCCACUGCAGAAAUUUGAGGAUGCUAAAAAUAAAGCUGCUAAUUACCUGCUGCAGAAUUUCCAGUCUGCACAAAGCACGUUUUCCUUGGCAAUAGUUACUUAUGCACUGACUCUUGCAAAAUCCAACCUGGCUGGUACACAGGCAGCCUACGCUGCUCUGAAGAGGGAAGCCCUUGUGAAAGUAAACCCUUUGUAUCGCUUCUGGAAAGAUUCUUCCCAAAAAGUUGACCUAAGCAUUCCUUCUGACGGCAGUGCCAAAAUGGUGGAAACCACUGCCUACGCCUUGCUCUCCACUCUGCUGCACGGUGACCAAACCUAUGCGAACCCAAUUGUGCGAUGGUUGUCGGAACAGCAAAGAUAUGGUGGAGGUUUUUAUUCUACGCAGGAUACGAUCAAUAGGGAUUUCAUGGGUGCUAGAAUUUUACUAAAAAGCUCAGAUUUUACAUUUGGAAAACCUGUGGAAGCCCCCUUGUACGAUGACAUAGAGGUGCGCACAGGUAGCAACACUGGAUUAGCAACCGUGAGUGUGAGGAGCGUGUAUUAUAAAAUCAGUACUUCUGAAGAUACUUGUAGCUUUGAGCUGAAGAUAGAUGUAAAGUCACCAGAUGGUCAAGGUGCAGAAGAAGAAAAUGGCGAUCCAUAUCACAGACAUUCCAGUGGACCCAGGCGCUUGGUGGCCUGCGCAAAGUAUAAGCCUAGCCGGCAAGAACCACAGUCUGCUUCCUCCCAUGCUGUGAUGGACAUAUUGUUGGGUAGCGGAUUUGAUGCAAACACAGAAGAUUUAUCUAUUCUUGCAAAUGGAGUGGAUCGGCUGAUAGCAAACUAUGAGAUAAAAGAUGGACACGUCGUGGCACAAGUAGACUCAAUUCCUGUUGGUGAAUUCCUGUGCAUCGGGUUCCAGGUAGCAGAGAUUUUCCGCGUUGGAAUGCCAAGCCCAGGAACCUUCACUGUGUAUGAGUAUCACACCCCUGACAAACAGUGCACUAUGUUUUACAAUCCCCGUGGAGAAGACUCUCUUGUAAAACUCUGUGAAGGCAGUGAGUGCAAAUGUAUGGAAGCUGAGUGUGGGCGCAUUCAGAACAGACUGGAUCCCACCAUUAGCAUUCAGACCAGAAGCGAAGCUGCUUGCCACAAUGACAUUGCCUAUGUCUAUAAAGUGAACAUCCUGUCCUCCAGUGAAGAUGGCAGCUUUGUUAAAUAUACUGCAAUUCUACUUGAUCUCUAUAAAAGGGGGGAGGCUUUUGCCCAGAAGAAUGAAGAAAUUGUUUUUAUUAAAAAGAAGACCUGUACUGAUGUUCAUCUCAACUCAGGAGAAAACUACUUGAUCAUGGGGAAAGAGGCCUUGAAAACAGGACAGGGAGCCCGUGCCAAGUACCAGUAUGCUUUAGAUGGCAUGACUUGGAUUGAGUGGUGGCCCUCAGCUUCAUCUUGUGGUUCUUGUCAAGAUUUUGUGGAUACGCUGAAUGAAUUUGCAGAUGAUCUCUUUAUCAGUGGCUGUUGAACUACCAGAGAACUCCUGCAAGCAGCCUUUGGACCAAGGGAUCAAAUUAUCGCAACAGUGUGUAUUUUCUGCAGUUCUUCUUGACCAUCUGCAAUGAUCUUAUCUGACUGAACCAGGAAAGCUGAAUUGGUCUGCAUGUACAAUAGCACUUACAUUUGCCAGAAAAUCCUUGAGAUGUCUAACUUUUUCUGUAUGUGUACGUGUACACACAAACACACACACACACACGCACACCCCAGACUAACAGUAUGACAAAGACAUUUGGAGACAAAAUGGAACUGCAUGCAUUCAUAAUAGUGAGAUAUAGUGUAAAUAUUUCAUAUCAGACAUAUACAUUUGACCCGCUUGUUUAGACGGGGACUGAAAUAAUCAAUGAAAUAGAACUAAUGUCUGUUUAAUCUGCUUUCCUUGUGCCUCAAUAAAACCAUUA